GAUUUGACUGAUAUGUAACCUGGGAAGCAUUGUAAUCGAUUAGUUUAUACAACCUAACCGGUUUUACUAAUUAUUAUGAUAAAUCGAAUAUGCAUAACACUCAAUCGGCGAAGGGAUAUCUGUCAUAGCGAUACAUAAUUUUUCAAAGAUAUCAGUUGUAUUCGUGGGAAAUCAGAUCUGCAUGCCAUGAAACAAGACCGCAAGCUUUUAAUUCUCUACGGAAGCCAAACAGGCACAGCACAGGAUGUGGCCGAAAAGCUUGGCAGGGAAGCUAAGCGCAGACAUUUCAAGACCAGAGUUAUGGCCCUUGAUACAUACAAUGUUGCAAAUCUCGUCAGUGAAACGACUGCCAUAUUUGUGUGCUCAACGGCAGGCCAGGGCGAUCCUCCAGACAAUAUGACGUGUUUCUGGAAGUUCAUACUGCGUCGUAACUUACCGAGGGACUCGCUGUGUCAACUUCAACACGCCGUUCUUGGACUAGGAGACUCUUCCUAUCUUAAGUUCAAUUUUGUUGCGAAGAAGCUUCACAGGCGUCUGGAACAGUUGAGCAGUACCCCUCUCCUUGACGUGGGGCUAGCUGAUGAUCAGCAUGACCUGGGUGCAGACGCAGUUGUCUACCCUUGGAUGGAGAAAUUAUUUACACAACUCCUGGUUAUCUACCCCUUGCCUGACAACCUACAGAUUAUUCCCACAAGUGUGAGACCUGAAUCCAGAUUUAGGGCAGAAUUCAUUGAUUCUAAUAGAUUGAAACCGUUUGAACUGUCUUCUGAAGAAACCUCCUCACCAUCAAGCAUGCCAAUUUGGUUCCCAGCAAAGCCAUUUCCUGCCAGGUUGAUCUCCAAUGAGCGGGUAACCAGUGAAGAACAUUUUCAGGACACAAGGCUUAUUAGGCUGGACAUAUCAGGAUCUAAUAUCAGCUACUGCCCAGGAGAUGUUGCCGUUGUGUGCCCACAGAACAUGCCUGACACCGUGGCCGAUUUCAUGGAAUACAUGAACUUGAAUCCUGAGGAGUCCUUUAUACUGCAUCCAAAUGAUAGUGAUGUUUCCGUCCCACGACUUCCAAGCCCAUGCACUGUUCGACGCCUUGUGGAGAGUUACCUGGAUAUAAACUGCGUUCCCAGAAGAUCCUUCUUCGAGAUGAUGCUAUAUUUCGCUGAAGAUGAACUUGAGAGAGACAAACUGCAAGAAUUCACGUCUCCCACUGGACAGGAGGAGCUCUUUUCAUAUUGCAACAGAGGGAGAAGAACACUUCUGGAGGUUCUACACGACUUCCCAAAAACAAGCCCCAAUAUUCCGUUUGCCUACCUCCUAGACCUGAUACCUGUACUGCAGCCACGGUCCUUCUCUAUAGCAUCAUCUUUAAAGGCACACCCCGAUGAAAUACAGCUGCUGGUGGCAGUGGUUAAGUACAAGACUCGCAUUCAGGCCCCGCGAAGAGGCGUCUGCUCAACAUGGUUGUCUUCUCUUGAGCCUGGAACCAGUACCAGAGUUCCUGUCUGGGUGAAGAAGGGAACCAUCGUGUUUCCACGGGAACCAGAGGUGCCUGUGAUAAUGAUUGGCCCAGGAACAGGAAUUGCUCCAUUUCGCAGUUUUAUUGAAGAAAGAGCAGUCAACAAGAAAGGAGCGAGUACCUUGUUUUUCGGGUGCCGCUCCAGUAGUAAUGAUUUCUACUUCGAGACCCAGUGGAAGGAUAUGGUUGCUAGGCAGCUGCUGACACUUCAUACUGCAUUCUCAAGGGAUAAUCAGGAUGGCAGUAAAUACUACGUACAGCAUGCUAUAAGGGAUGCAGGCAGCGAGGUGUGGAGGCUGCUGCAGUCAGGUGCCGUGGUCUGUGUAGCUGGAAAUUCCAAAAACAUGCCAGAUUCAGUCCGUGAAGCUAUCAAAGAGGUGGGGAAAGUGCAUGGUGGCCUCAGUGACUCAGCGGCCAAUGAUUUCCUUCUCAUGCUUGACAAGGAAAAGCGAUAUCAGGCGGAAACCUGGUCUUGAUAUUUGGAUCAUUGAUAUAGGACUUGUUUAUGUAUAAAUAUACCUGUUGAAAGUGAUAUCAUACUGUUACCUGGGUUUGAUGAUUCGAUUUAUGAUAUAGGACUUAUAAAUAUAUAAAUAUACCUGUCUUAAUCGAUAUCAGUCUGAAACCUGCUCUUGAUAACGGAUUAUUGAUAUUGGAUUUUAUCUAUGUUUAAAUUAUCUAUAUGAAACCUGCUGUUGAUAGUUUUAUUGUUGAUAUGGGACACUAUAAAUUUAAAAAUGUCGUGAUCAUGGAAUUGUUGAUAUAUGAAUAAGUAAAAUGGGAUUAUUUGGGCCAAGGAGACUUACAGAACAGCAUCAGACUGUCUCUCAGAAAUAUGUGCCUGGUGGUAUGUUUGGAUACUAAAUGUAUCUAAGCUCAAGUAAAACCAUGUACAGGUAUAUAAUGCUCCCAUAAGAAAUACCUUCACGUAUGGUCUUGUUUUACUCACCACAUAAAACAGUGUUGUAAAUUUACACGUGUAAAAAGAGAAAUACUUAUGGACCGGAAGAACCAUAUCAAUUUCUUAAGCAGAUAAUACUGUGUAUUGAAGUGUUCAUUUGAACAUGACGUUUAUUAAUGCACACCGUUAUAGUCGUAAUUUUGUUUGCUAUUGAUGAUUCAUAAACAUGUAAAUGAUA